UUUUUUUUUUUUCUCCUACUACUUUUUUUUUUCCCUUUCUCAUUCCUGCUUUCUUUCCUUUUUUUCUUUUUUGGUUACCAAAAUGAAUCCUGCACAAACUAAUAAAAUCGAUAUUAGCCAACUGAACGAAGAAGAACGAAAAUUAUUCAAAAUGUAUGGCAAGCUACCGGAUCGAAAGGAUCUUAUUGGACACAAACUCAAGGAACGAAAGUAUUUUGAUUCUGGAGAUUAUGCUUUAUCUCAAGCUGGAAAAGAACCUGAAUCCGCCAUUGGAUCUGAACAUCCAAGUCCUGAAACCAUCCCACAUUCCAAUCCUGGUAUUACUGCUGGAUCAAGCCCUGUCAAGGAAAGCCCUUUGGUACCAGAAAAUCAAGAUCGUCAAUAGUUUCCCCUUCUUUAUAUAUAUAUGGGCUAGUAUAGUAUCUAUGUAUCUUUCGCAUUACAUAUUCACUCAUUCUCUCCCUGUCUGUCUCUUUCUCUCUCUCUCUUUUUUUUUUUUUUUUUUUU